UUGGUACAGGGUUUACUGCUCCUUUAAUUUUUUUCCCCAGAGGUGCACAGGAUUGAUGUUGGAUUACUUGAAUCUUUCUGUAGUCAGCUGAUUUGCAGGCAGAUGAAAAAGCCUAUCAGGAUCAGGGCCCACCAAGAAAAAUCCCGUCCAACUCGCUUGUCUACUCAUAUCUGUUAUGGUCCAUUAUCUGUGAUGUUUGUGAUGUCUGAGUAGUUGUGAUGCCAAGGAAAAGAAAAACUCAUUCUUUGAGUCCAUUAAGGAGGCCUUCGGCUUCUUCUUCUUCUACUACUGAUCAGCCAUCCUCUACUGCCUUACCUCUCCCUCCAGCCAUGAGCAAUAACAACCAGGAGGGCCUGCUGAGCAGCAUGUAUGACAUGUUUCCUGAUCUUGAUCCUUCAUUGAUUGAAAUGGUUCUCACUGAAUACAAAGAAGUUGAAGUUGUGAUGGAUCAUCUCCUGGAACUAUCAACUUCAGCAAAAGUGGAGCCUGAUGCUGAAUCAGCUGACAUUCUGGGAUUUGAUGGUGUAGCAGCUGUUUUGCAUAGUAACAACCAACAUUUGCUUGGUUCUAGAACUUUGGAAAAUACUGCUCAUGAACAUUCUGAUAUUUAUGUAUCACAGGCUGAGGACUGUACUGCUCUGUCUAAUAACUUGGAUUUACUGUUGGACGAGGCAAUUAAUAAAUAUAGUCUGUGUAGUAGUAGUAGUAUAGAUCUUGGAAAUUACCCUGGGCAGUGUUAUAUACCAGACAACAAUAACUUUCCACCUCAGAGUCAGUCUACCUCAGCCGUAAUCUACCCCAAACUUAUAGAUGGAGAAGAUGCGGUUCCAAAAGACCUUGAAAGCGAUGACCAACAAACUGAUAUCUGCCAAGCAGUUCCAUAUGAUAAUAAACAAAUCAGCGCAGACCUUGAAAGCAAUGACCAACAAACUGCUAUCUACCAGACGGUUGAAUCUGAUAAUAAACAAAACAGUGCAAGCAUUGAAACUAAUUGUGCAUCCCAGCUUUCAAAUGAAUCCGAUACAGAAUGUAAGAUAAGUUCCUGCUGUUUUCCAGAGGCAGCAUCAGAUGAGAUUGGCAUAAGUGAAACUGCAAGUGAAGAAAAGAGCAACCUUAAUGAAACUGAUGCAGGUGUUAAACCUCCAUCACAUGCCACUUCCAUGGAAUCCUGGCAAAAUAAUCAUGUACACAAAACACCCAUUUGGAAUCCUUUGGCACCAUCAUUUCACCCAACAUCAGAUUUACAGCCCAGAUUUUUUACUCCAACAGCUGUUAGACAGGCACCAUGGAAUUUUACUGGAGGUGUAAGAAAUAUUAGUAGAGGCCUCUAUUUAACAGCCCCAGUGCCUUCAUUUACUUGGAGUGGUAACUUCUCUCCAAAUACUUGGCAAACUUAUAGUAUGAAAUCAGCUGCUCUUUUGGAAGCUGUACCCCACCCUGCAGUUCAAAAUGUGAAAAAAAAUACAGUUUUUGUAGGAAAAGUUCUCAUUCUUCUUCGAGGUGCACCAGGAUCAGGGAAAACUACUUCAGCCAGGAUGUUGUUACAACAGAACCAAUUGGGUAUUAAAUUAAGUACUGAUGAUUAUUUUUACAAAAAUGGGCAGUAUCAUUAUGAUGUAAAUUUAUUAGGGGAAGCGCAUGAAUGGAAUCAUAAACGAGCCAAAGAAGCUUUUGAGAAGAAUAUUUCCCCAAUUAUAAUAGAUAAUACCAACAUGCAAGCUUGGGAAAUGAAGCCAUAUGUGUCUAUGGCCUUGAAACACAAGUACAAAGUCACAUUUCGUGAACCUGAUACUUGGUGGAAGUAUAAACCAAAAGAACUGGAAAGGCGUAACAGUCACGGAGUAACUAAAGAGAAGAUAAAGAGAAUGUUAGAAAAUUUUGAACGUGUGACCGUGAAUUCCAUUUUAAAUUUAUCACGUACAAAAGGACCAGAACAAACUGAUCUUGAUCAAAUAAAACAAAACGCUGAGAAAGGAGGAGAAAACUAUUCACUGGCCACUCUAAAGGAUGAAGAGGUCAUUUGUACUUUUGAAGAAAAAGUAGAAGAUAAAAGUGAUUCCAAUAUGGCUGAUGAAGGAGAAGCAUUGCAUGACCGUUUGGAAGCUGAUACCUCAAAAAAUUAUCCAGAUAUUUUACUUAAUUAUACAGAUUCAUUGAGGAAAAUUCAGAAGUCAAGUCAUAGUGAAGAUGAAAGGUAUGAUAGGGUAGAGGACAUAUAUAACAGCCAGCAUCCCAAAACCACUAGUGAUGAUGCAUUUUUAAAUCCGACGUUUCCUGAAAAUGAAAUCACAAUUAAAGAAAAUGUUACAGAGGAUGCCUUGGUAUUAUUACCUGGGGAGACGCCAGAGUUGUUAAACUUUGUUGGAGACUGGCCAGUGGAGCACACUAUGGGUCAGAGAGCCCCACGGAGUAGGAGCAAGAUCAGAGAAAAUUCUAAAAGUAAAUGCUCCCUGCAUGAUGGUGAGGAGGCAAACUGUGAUUCUAAACAACUGGAUAGUCACACGAUAACACAUGAUUUGUUAAAACAAUGCAAAGAAAUUGAUAAUUGUACUGCUUUGCCAGCUUUGAGAUCGUGCAAUGAAGAAAAUAUGCAUUUAGAAGAUCAAGUCUGCUCUCCUUUAGAAAGAGAGGAAGAGGUGUAUCUACCUCAUACAGCACAGAGCUCUGAAUCAAAUCAUGCUGAGAAUGAUCCGCAAGCAGUUACUGAAGUUACUAAAGACUUGCAAAGCCUAGAUUUAUCUAACAUUAAAGAAGAUGAAGUCAUGGCAUGCGAAACACCAGAGAAAAAAAGGCCAAGCAAACGAAGUAUUAGACAGUGUAAACUGGCUUUAACUUUUACAAAUAGCUGUUCUGACUCUUCUCAAACAGAAGAUAUACUGACAUAUCAACAGAAUACUCCAGUAAAUGAAGUCCACUGUGGACCCAGUAAAUAUUCGCAAACCGAGCCUCAUGAAUUGGCUUUGGCCUGGAGGGUAGAGAAGAAAAAUGUUGACAUCUCUAAUUCAACAAAAGUCCUCACUGGCAAUAGUGAACGAUUUCAGCCAAAACAAAUGGAUGAAAGUUCAGAUUCACAGGAAAGUAUACCCUAUAGAGUAAUGCAUCAUAAAAGUACAUUUGUGGAAGAAAGUGAAAUAGUUAGCUUGGAUGAUGACCAUAAUCUAAAUAUCCUCGCUAGGCUCUUUAGGUCCGUUUCCUUUGAUGUGCUUACUGAUCUUUAUGAAAGAUGCAGUAAAGACAUUGUGUGGGUAUCCAACUUACUCCUGGAUUCUGGGGAGAAAAUCUACAAAGAUGAAGACUGCCAAACAGAGGAAUAUUUGAGUGUUCUAGGGGAUGCCACUUUGGACGUUGGCCCUCCUCCAGACCAAGUUACUGUGUGCCCUGACGAUCUUAACAUGCCAUCGUUUGGUAGCGCCAUGCCACAGAAUGAUGAUAGAUUUAGUACAUCACUGGAUGAAAAAAGGGAGCAUGGUGAUAGUCAUACAGUUACAUAUAAUCCCAAUGUGACAUUUUCUGAAGCCCUAGAUUCAGAAUAUCAAAAUGUGUACUCUGUUCCUGAUAUAUCGAACACGCAAACCAUUGAACGACAUGAAAUGGUCACAAAACCAACAGACAUUGAGCAGCCAAAGGAUACUGGUUUACAGCCAGUAAUAUGCUUAUCUGAUUUAGAGAUGGAGCCUUCUCAAAAAACAGAUGUUGAAAUUAACACAAUAACCAAUAAUGUUUUAGAAACACAAAACAUUGAUAAAGAUGCCUGUGAACUGCCCUUGUCAGAUAUUAACAAACAUGACAAAAUAAGUGGAUUUGCUGUGGAGGAAGUGGAUGAAACAAAAAGGAAAAACAGUGAUUCCCUUAAAGACUCUUUGAAUUUUGAUCAUCUGGAAUUGUGUUUGCCUCCAGAACUAGCCUUUCAGCUAAGUGAGUUGUUUGGUCCUGUAGGCAUAGCUCCAGGUUCUUUAACUAUUGAGGAUUGUACUGUACACAUAGACCUAAAUCUGGCCAAAGCUAUCCAUAAGAGAUGGAAAGAAUCUAUUACGGAAAGGCAGAAACAAGAAUCCUUGUCUUACCAGCUCCUCUUUGAAGAUUUAUCACCAUCAGAACUGGAUACUCUGAUAAAUGAAGAGCCUAAGAUGGAAAAACCCGACACUGAAUAUUCAGAGACAUCCUAUGACGCAUUCCCUUUCAUGGAUCAGUGGAAUGUACAGACCAAGAAGGUGUCAUUACGGGAGAUAAUGUCAGAGGAAAUUGCAUUACAGGAGCAAGAAUGUCAGAAAAAGUCUACACUAAGAGCAAAAAACUGUGCUGCAAAACUAAAGGAAAAACAACUUUUUGAAUUAUUUCCUAACAUUGAACAAAGACUUCUUAUGGAUAUUUUUAAGGAAAACAAUUAUUCUUUAGAGAAGACUGCAGAAUUCCUGAGUGCUGUUCUUGAAGCUGGCCCAGUGCAAAAUGUUGUAGCCCCUAAUCUUAAACAAACAGAAGCCUCUACGUCUGAAAACCCGAAAUCAAAGAAAUUAAAUGUAGACAAAGAUACCAUCCCUGAGAAUUUCUAUCAGGACUAUGAAUUCCCAGAGUAUGAUGAUUUCAGAGCUGAAGCGUUCCUUUACCGUAGAAAACAACAAGAAUGUUACAGGAAAGCAAGCGAGGCUCACAGCAGAGGCAUGAAACAAGUUGCAACAUAUUAUGCACAACAGGGGUACCUCUAUGCCCAGAAAAUGAAACAGGAAAACCACAGAGCUGCUGUACAGAUCUUUGAGAGAGCUAAUGAAUUCUUGUUGCCAGAAAAUAUAUUAGACUUGCAUGGACUCCACGUCAGCGAGGCUAUGAAACACUUUCGCCAGGUUCUUCAGAACAAGAUGGACGAGUAUAAAAAGAAUGGAGGCAAAUCCUACCUCUCUGUAAUAACAGGAAGAGGAAAUCAUAGCCAAGGAGGAGUCCCUCGCAUUAAAUUAGCAGUCAUUGACUAUCUCACAAACCACAGCUUCAGAUUUCAGGAGGUAAGGCCGGGAGUGCUUCAUAUCACCCUGAAAUAAAGUCUGGAUCAAAACGGGAUUCUCGGAGAACAAAAUGAUUGUACAAUUUAGAAAAUUCUGUAGCAGAUACGCACCUCUUUUAAGUGUUCAUCAUCCCUGUGUUUUUAACGGCUAGAGGUACAGCCAAUGAGAAGCACAGUUUCUGUUUUUAUAAUUACAGGUUGCCUUUUUGACCUUUAAAGCAAAACAGAACCAAGAAGACUAGCAUUUGGAUAAGGUUUUAUUUCCUGUUUUACGAAUUGCUGUGUUCAUGUUCUAUGUCGAUUAUUUCUACCUCUCCUGAAGCACAGAAUAGAUUACAAUGUCAUUCUAUAUAACAAUCCAUGCACUAAGUGCCUAUGAUGUUGUGCUUAGUUCUGUUACACUUAACAAGCACAGAUGUGGAUAUUUGCGGGCAAACAAUAUUAGGACUGUCUUAUUUAGGUUGAAGCUAUUUUGAGCAUUGUGUUUUAUUGUUUCGGGAUGUCAUUCUCUGCAUCUGAAGGGGUAAGCAUAUUAAACGUGCAUCACAGAUCAGUAUUGCUAGAUUUUGCAUGAAAUUGUGGAUGCCCACUAUCCCCCCUCAAGGUAGACCUAUUUAAUUUACAUUCUGCAUGCCUAACACACAAGUAACUUUGUUCCAUACUGCAGAGAAGCUGUACAGUCUGCACAUGCAUCUGGAUCAAGUAAUAACCCACAGAGAAAAUGCCUUUCCCAAACUCCUUAUAUCAGGUCUGUGUGCCUGAUAACCAUUGCAGCAGUGUUUUUGUUUUUUAGCUUGUUUGAUGUUCCCCACUUACCCCAGAAUCUAUUCACCUUUCUGCUAUGGUUUUUCUACUGCUCUCCUUGGUGUGGAAUUUUAUUAUUUUUUUUAUUUAAUCACUGUACACAUUUUAGUUUGUUUUUGUUUUGCAUUUUAUUUGUUUUAACGUUUCUUAGUAAACAGAACAUUUGACAUAAUGUUGCUUGCAAACCCUUCCUCAGAUCCUCAGGGUGCUAAAACCAUUAAGAAAUGUAUCAUGUUCAUUUAUCAUGUUU